AUGCUGGAUCUGGAGAAAGAAUGGAGCAUCUCUUUUGCAGGAUGCGGUUUUAUGGGGAUUUAUUAUGUUGGUGUCAGCAGCUGUAUGCUUGAACGCUUCCCUCACUUCAUACAAGGAGCCUCCAAAAUCUAUGGAGCCUCUGCAGGUGCUUUGAUGGCUGCUGUUCUUGCUAUUGGAACCCCCAUAGACAACUGCUGUGCUCAUUUGAUGUUCAUGGCCAAAGAGAGCAGGAAGCACAAACUGGGGCCGCUGCACCCGGCUUUCAACCUGAUGCAGAUAGUACGGGACUCUCUGCAGGCGAGCCUUCCAGAAGACGCCCAUGUUCGAGCCUCUGGGAAGCUCUGCGUGUCCCUGACCAGAGUGUCAAACGGGAAGAACGUACUCGUGUCAGAGUUUGACAGUAAAGAGGAGCUCAUUCAGGCUCUCCUAUGCAGCUGCUUCGUCCCUUUCUACUGCGGUGUGAUUCCACCUACUUACCGGGGAGUGCAUUAUGUGGACGGUGCCAUCAGUGACAACCUGCCUCAGUGUCACCUGAAAAACACGAUCACGAUCUCCGCGUUCGCCGGUGAGAGCGAUCUCUGUCCUCCAGGGAGCGCGCACAGCUUCCACGCGGUUCGCUUCAACAACGUCAGCAUCCAGGUGAAUCCAGAGAACGCAUACAGAGUCAAGAGCACCUUCUUCCCCCCGCAGCCUCAGGCGAUGGCGGAAAUCUGCCACAAUGGUUACAUAGAUGCUCUCCGCUUCUUACGGGAGAAAAUUCUGAUCGGCACCGAGUGUCCUCCGAGGAGUUUGGAGACGGACGCAGCCAAACCUGCUUGUUGUGAGCUGAAGGUGAGCGAGCCGGCUGGAGCUGCAGAGUCCAAUGAGAACACAGAACAGAAAGGACUGAAUCCACAUCAGGAAGAGCACUGGUGGCUGGAUCCACAGCUCAUAGGAAACCUCCCUGUUGAAGUCAAAAAGGUGUUGUGUGAGGCCUGUCGGGAGACGCAAACUGGUGAUCUGUUGUCCCACAUGACCAAGUACCUGCCAAAGAUGACGUCUUACCGCACGCCCCUGGAAUCUUUCUACUCUCUCGCCCAGAGACUUGUGAACUUGAUCCCAGAUGUACCCAGGGACAUGGGCUGGCUCUACGGCAUGGUUGGAGGCGUAUACAAACUAGCUUGGAAGGGAAAGGUGAAGGACUAUAAAAGUGGGUUAUUGCGGCGCAGAUGUACAAGCCUGCCAUCAGGCCUGAACCUGAACCAGAGACAAGAAGACCUAAACGCUCUCCCAAUGACCCCAGGAGCCAGUCCCACCUCCAGUCUCACCUCCAGUCUCACCUCCAGUCUCACCUCCAGUCUCACCUCCAGUCCCACCUCCAGUCCCCCCUCCAGUCCCACCUCCAGUCCCACCUCCAGUCUCACCCUCCAGUCUCACCUCCAGUCUCACCCUCCCCUGGAGUACACAUCUGGAGUUGGACCACAUGCCUCUGACUCCACCCCUCACCCCCACUGUCAGCCCCACCUUUGACUUUGACGAAGGCUGAAAGCCCAGGUAGAGACGGGGGUUUGGGCAGAGCUGUGGGCUGGAUCCAAAAUAUUGCAUCCGAGCAAACUUCCAAUCUCAAGAAAACUGAGGAUUCAGUGUCCUUUUCUGCAUUCAAG